GAAUCAACACUGUUUUCAGAAGGGAAAAAAAAUCACCUAGAGUGCCAAGAUGGCGUUGCUGUUUAUUUCUGUUUGUUUCCUUUAACUUCAUGAUUGAACCAAUAAAAGAAAACUGACUGUAUCAUAGAACUUACACAUAAUAUUGACCAAGGCUUCGAUUGACCAUAUAUAUGUAUAUGUUUUUCAACCAAAAUGAUGAUUGAUAAAACAAAUAUUGUCAGCAUAAAGACUGAGACUCCAUUGCCUCUAGAUACAGAAUUUACUGGCGCUGAUCAUCUCCAGAGCAUUGGAAAUGGAAUGUUCGGUGUAAAAUGUGAUACAGAAUUCUUGCGUUACCUGAGUUUAAAGAAACAUGAAAGAGUUAGAAUCAAAGUGGAUACUUUUCAAUGCCUGACUUGUAAUGAUAAAUUUAGAGAAAAAAUUAUUUUAAAACAGCACAUGUCGAAUCACAUGAGUGAAAAAUUGUUGAGGUGUCAGAACUGCAAUGAGCUGUUUCCUGGAAGUAUAAGUGAACGCACUGCUCAUAAAAAUCUCUGCCAAAUGUGCAACCAAAAACAUAUUAAAAAUAUUUCAUUACAUCUAGGGGAAAUUCUAGUUGACAAAAAACUCCAAUGUGUCCUUUGUAAUAAAAGAUUUUAUAUGCUGGAUGUAAUGAAGAAACAUUUAAUAAAGCACGUUGGCGAAAUUCCAGUCCAGUCAUCUACACGUAAUGUCAAUCUUUCUCACUUGUCAGGGCUUAAAGUCCACUUUGGAUUUAAUGACAAAGUAAAUCUAUUACAUUGUAACGUGUGUGGCAAAGAAUUCACAUUCUACUCCAAAUUGAAAGAACACGAACUCACACAUACUGGUGAGAAGCCAUUUGAAUGCUGUGUUUGUAAGAAAAGAUUUUCUGCUAAAUCAACUCUGCGACGCCAUAGUGUUAUUCAUACAGGGGAAAAACCAUAUGAAUGCCCCCUAUGUUUCAAACGUUUUACAGAUAAUUCAACCUUAUAUAAACACAAGAGACUGCACACUGGUGAGAAGAGGUUUAAAUGUGGCUACUGUGGUAAAGAUUUUGCAGAAAGAUCUAACCUGAAGCAGCACGAGACGAUUCAUACUGGAGAGAAACCAUUCCGCUGUCCAGAGUGCGGCAAAAAUUAUUCUAGCAACUCGGUAUUAAAAACUCAUCUAGUUAUCCACAAGGGGGAGAAACCUUGCAGAUGUUAUAUAUGUGGUAAACGGUUUCCAGAGAGAGCACUUUUACAAGAGCACCAAGAAAUUCAUUCAAGAGACAAACCUUUUCAGUGUCAAGAGUGUGGUAAAGCAUUUGCUACUAGGUAUGCCCUCAAAAGGCAUGGUGUCACACAUUCUGGGCUGAAGACAUAUGAAUGUUUGAUUUGUAAUAAAUUUUUCUCACAAGUUGACCACUUGAAGGAGCAUGAAUUGAUUCACUCAGGAGAAAAACCAUUUAAAUGUGACAUCUGUGGCAAAGCCUUUACAAGUAAUUCCAAUUUGAGGAAACAUUUUUUGAUUCACUUCAAAGAUUGCCAUGUUUAAUGUUGUAAAUUUUGGAAUGACCCUUAAAAUUGUGAUAAUGUCACAAAAUUAUUCUAAUGAUUUUGGAUGGGGCAUGAAGUAAUUACAGAAGUAUCUGUCAUGUUAUAAUCUGAAACAACGACUAACAUUAAUUACAAAGAUUGUAAGCUGAAACAGAGUGAUGGGGAGAAACAUUCUCUUAUUAAAUAUAAUGAUCCUGACUUUUUAUGUGUAGAUCAGUUAGUCUCCAAAUCAAUACAGGGUGGCAGCCUUGUCAUACAGCACACUCUGGUUUGUCAGUCUAAUCUCUGUAGUGCCCUGGAUGGAGCCUUUCCUGUUACCAUCUUUGCCAUCCUGCGGGAGGUUUGAGCUAGGAUGUAAUAAUUCUCAACUCUAAAGGAACAUCCUAAACAUUCAACUUUGAAGGAGUUUUCUAAAUGAGUUAAAGAGUCACUUUUAGCAGUCAGUUUAAAAGACCCUUCAACUUAAUUCUUUUGUAUACACACAAGUGUAAAGCUUAUAAAGGAAAACACAUUAAAACAAACAUAAGAAAACAAAUGGUAUGAUAAAGAUGGCACUUAGCAUGUCAGUCAUCUUUUAAGACUUUUUAUUCUCAAAUGAAUAACAACAAUCAGCAGUAACUGUUGCUAGAUCUGUGUAUUUUUAAAAUACUGAUAUUGUAUUUUUUUUUUUUUAAAUAAAGUGAUAUUACUUCUGGAAUAAUCCUUGAAGACUUUAAUACACCUGAGUUAAAUUAAUUUUAUAUUGAAUUAAUCUCAUUCAUAAGGCUUAAAAUACAUAUUGAUUUUUUUUGUUGACCUUUUAUAGUUAACUAAUGGGUAUGUUCAUACAAUGUGCUGUAAUGACAGAAUGUCUGCCUGGUUGUGUAGUAUGCACUCUGGACUGUCGUUUUGGUGGUCCAGUGUUCAAAUUCUGUGGUCACCACCUUCCUGUGAAAGGUUUGUGUUAACAUUCAUUUCUAAAGUAACAUCUGAAAUGUUGAAAAACAAAACAAUUUUACACAACUGAAUAUUUCCAUUAUUAUAUGAAUAAUUUAUAUAAAUGUUUAUACUUUGUGAUUGAGUAGUUAUUUAUUUGUACAUUGUAGCUUGAUUAGUCAUACAAUUUUUUACGCAGACUAUAUUGAAAGAUAAGCAUCUGGGUGGAUCCACUGUCUCCUAGACAAAAGAACUCUAAAUACAUUUUUUAUAGACUAUCUAUUGUUUUAUUUUGUAUUUUUUUUUUGUAACCAAUUGUUUGUGUUGAUAAAAUAAAUUGCUUUAACAUUUAA